AGAAUGAAGAUGCAUGGCGGGAAAUGUUUCUAUAAAUACACCUAAUCUUCCCUUGUUUUCAUCCACCACACAACCAAACAUAGCCUCUCUCUCUCUCUCUCUCUCUCUGAGCUUUAAUUUAGUUGUGUUUCUUUGCUUCAAUGGCGAUUCCAGUGAUUGAUUUCUCUAAGGUGAAUGGCUCUGGUGAGGAGAGAGCUCAGACAAUGGCUCAGAUAGCUAAUGGGUGCGAGGAAUGGGGCUUCUUCCAGCUGGUGAACCAUGGAAUUCCAGAGGAGCUCCUGGAGAGGGUGAAGAAGGUGAGCUCAGAGUGCUAUAAGCUGGAAAGGGAGGAAAAAUUCAAGAACUCGAAACUGAUGAAGUCAUUGAAGGAUAUGGCAGAGAAGAAAAAUGGUGAAAAAUUGGAGAAUGUAGACUGGGAAGAUGUCUUCAUUCUCUUGGACGACAACCAGUGGCCAUCAGAAACUCCUGGAUUCAAAGAAACCAUGGCUGAAUACCGAGCUGAACUGAAGAAAUUAGCUGAGAGAAUCAUGGAAGUAAUGGACGAGAACUUGGGGUUACCCAAAGGAUACAUCAAGAAGGCACUCAAUGGUGGUGAAGGAGAUAAUGCGUUUUUUGGUACAAAAGUAAGCCACUAUCCCCCAUGUCCUCAUCCUGAGCUAGUGAACGGCCUGAGAGCUCACACGGAUGCCGGAGGUGUCAUCUUACUCUUCCAAGAUGAUGAAGUGGGAGGUCUUCAAAUCCUCAAGGAUGACCAAUGGAUUGAUGUGCAGCCACUGAAAAACACUAUCGUCAUAAACACUGGUGAUCAGAUUGAGGUCCUGAGCAAUGGCAAGUACAAGAGUGCCUGGCACCGAGUUCUGGCCGCUCCUAACGGGAACAGAAGGUCACUUGCUUCAUUUUACAACCCAUCUCUCACAGCCACCAUAGCUCCUGCACCACAACUGCUGGAGAAAGCUAACCUGGAGACGAAUCAUGAAGAAUAUCCCAAGUUUGUGUUUGGUGAUUACAUGUCAAUUUAUGCAGAGCAGAAGUUCCUCCCCAAGGAACCAAGAUUUCAAGCUGUGAGAGCUGUGUGAUAUGCAACUGGGUGCAUUAAUGUCAAUUUUAGAAGAUUAAUAUUACACCUAUAUUAGUUCAUUUUCUUAAAUUUUCAUUAAAGAAAGUUUCUUUCUCUCAAACUAUGUAUGCGAAGGAGAGAAAAGAAACUGGGAUAAAGUGUGUUUGUUUUAGAUUGCUUUCCUCUUUGAUUUGUUAUGUAAUGAGAAGGUUAUUGAUGUUUGCUAAGGGGUUUGAUUUGUGCAAUAGUGUCAUAUUAUUCAACUAUGGUUAUGAGAAAAGAGUGGUUUCUUCCUCUUUA